AGUGCUCUUGUUAACGUUGAUGUCUCGUGUCGUGUGUUGGGUUUUUAUCAUUUUGGAUCCAAUAUGCACUCUGGUGCCAGGUGUGUGGAUGCCUGCCGGAUCUGUUUUCUCUGAACGGAAAACUCGCUAGGAAAAAGUUGCAGAUUUGCACAACAGAUCGAGGUAAGAAAGUGCGUGUGCCUCUGAAUGUGUUACUUUCCAAGGACACGACAAAAUCAGCAGGAUGUGAGCAUCCGACAAUGUAAGAUUGGAGAAAAUACCGUGAAUUGAUUGAAAAGAUGAUUUUGGCGAAGUGAUGGGAGAAGGAAGCCCCAUUUAGAAGGUACAUCGAACAAUUGACUAAUGAUUUCCGCUUGAAUGUCACCCAAAGGGAGAAUCAAUUAGAUUUUGUUGUCAUGGUUCAAAGAAAGCGACCUUAAUAUUAUUUGCUUUUUUUUUUGCUGAGUUUGUUGCGUGAACCGUGUGAUCUGGGUCGCCGUGUCACACGAGCCCACCUUCUCGUUGGCAGUUGAGCCAGCGAAAACGAUUCGGCUGUGGGAAUAUAGAUAAAAAAAAUCGAGAAGUUGUGGAAACAAAGUGAUUUUCGAAUGCUGGUGUUGGUCUGGUCUCGUGAAUUUUGCACGCGGUACUUUGUAUUUCCCUGUUAACACAUUGUGGUAGUUUUCAGUUGAAAUUUUGUUAGUGCAGUAUCUAUUCUUCAAUAGCAAAGUUCGUGGAGCGCAUCGAUAAUCAAGCACAUGAGUGAGUGAUGAUAAGUUCGUCGUAAAUUACUUUGUGUGAUUCUUUGCACCAAUGUUUGAUAUCGUGGAGAUUAUGAUAUUAGAAAGUGUUACAACAGCACAUGCCAGUAUGUGUUCGAGUGCUGCUUCUGCUGCUGCUGCUGCUUCGACUGCCUGUGGAGAGUGAUUCUUCGAGAAUAUUGGAGUUGCUUCACAACUGGAGAACUGAGCGUGAAGUGUGCAACAAUUGCGUAUUAUUUAGACCAUCGACUAACCCCUCGCGCUGUCUGGACACGCUGUUUCAGAAAAUCAUCUGAUCUGCGACUAGCUGUGACAAUUCUUAGCAGGCGUUACUUAAAAUCUGACUGCCUUUGUUGAGGCAGUGGGAUCGUGUUAGAGCAUAUUAGUUUGUUUAUUUUCUGUAGUUCAUAGUAUAAAUUGGUGUACAAAAGCGCAAAAUGGCAAAAUUCAGUGGGAAGAAAUGUCGCCUGCUGACGGUGAUGACGCUGACGGUGUUCUUCUUCUUCGUUGAGAUCGUCGUAGGAUAUCUGACUAACUCGAUGGCCUUGGUGGCCGACAGUUUUCACAUGCUGGGCGAUAUUGCCGCCCUCGUGAUCUCCUUCCUUUCAAUUAAGAUGUCACCAAAGAAAUGGUCCAAAAACACAUUCGGUUGGGCCAGAGCGGAGGUACUCGGCGCGCUGGUCAAUGCAGUAUUUCUAGUAGCGUUAUGUUUCAGCAUAACGAUAGAAGCUUGCAAAAGAUUUAUCGAGGUGGAACAUAUACACGAACCUGAAUUGCUCAUAUGGGUUGGUGUUAUUGGGCUUCUAGUCAAUCUUUUAGGGCUGUGUUUGUUGCACAAACACGGAGGAGGGCAUAUGCACUCUCACGGAGGAAUGCAGUUGUCCCAUGGUUCCCACGGCAAUCUGACGCAUGUGGCUAAUUCAGAGGAUAGUGAAAAUAAAUCAUUCAUGUAUCAGAACGGUAAUCCUCCAGUGAAGAAAACUUCCCACCAUGGGCAUUCUCACGAUUCGUCCCAGAUGAACAUGCGUGGAGCAUUUCUGCAUGUGCUCAGUGAUGCCCUGGGUAGUGUUAUUGUGAUAAUCAGUGCUCUUAUCGUGCGUUACACGGAGUGGGAGUAUAAACUAUACAUGGAUCCGGCUCUGUCGAUUCUGCUGGUAAUACUAAUCCUGCACUCGGUGUGGCCCUUGCUGCGUGAAUCGGCACUGAUUCUGCUGCAAACAGUUCCUACCCACAUCCAGGUGGAUGCUAUCCAAAGGCGCCUAUUGGAAAAGGUGGACGGUGUAUUGGCGGUGCACGAAUUUCACGUUUGGCAGCUGGCCGGCGAUCGGAUCAUCGCUUCGGCUCAUAUUCGCUGCCGGAACCUGUCCGAGUACAUGAAGAUAGCGGAAAAGGUGAAGGAGUUUUUUCACCACGAGGGAAUCCAUUCGACCACAAUCCAGCCGGAGUUUGUUGAAAUCGAGGCGCUCAACAGUUAUUCAGGUUCUGACGGCAUCUCAAAUAGCUUGAAUGGUAGUGCAACACAGGAUUGCUGUGCCCUAGACUGCCCCAUUACUGACGAAAGUAGUUGUAUUAAAGCUACAUGCUGCCAAAAUAAUAAUACCAUUAAGAACCAACCAUCUUCACCAACACCCUCGCCAUUUUUGUGUCGCCAAAGAAACUCCAGAAGUGGAAAUGAUGUUGAAACAGGAUCACUUCUGGACAAAGCCAAUCAAACUUCGACCUCGGCCGACGCGGACAACGGUGGACUGCCAAAGAUGGCCGUCUGACAGCUUAUGGCUGGUAGUAUUAGUACCGGGGGCACCACACCCAAACCACCCUCCCUGCAGCAACCACUCUGUACUUCCUCCUCUUCUCCUUGUCGUAACCACCAUCAUUCUCGGUUAUUGUCGUCAUCUAUCAAGAAAACUUGUAGAAGCAACGAUAGCAGUAAGCAACAACAACAACAACCAUUUUCCCCACUUGUAGGCUGUGAUGGUUAUCAUAUAAUAUCUAAUCUAAGCUCUAGUAAUAUUAAUAAUGGUAACUUUGACCACCCAGGCCAAGCCGAUCAUAGUAAUAUUUGUAAUGCUAUUGGUAGUAAUAAGUUUUGCGAAAUGCCAAACAACAGCGCCGCCAUGCGUGAUGAAAACGCAUCGAGGACUUUAUCUCUGAGCUCGAUCUGUUUGCAUUCUGGCAGCGGUGGAUUUUACGGCGGAGGCUCUGCUAACAACAUAACAACUAGCAGAGUCAGCAGCAGUGUGGGCACCUUGGCUAGAGGACGACACUUCAGUCUGCAAGCGGCAUCCAGUAGCUUGCUGGAAAAUUACGUAAACGGUUCGAACUCACCAUUGCGCAACCUAUACUGCCAGUGCAAGCAUCACACCGCAGAAUGACACAUCAACAGAGUUGAUGACUAUUGAACAGGACAAACUUUUCGCGCAAAAUGGAUAGGAUAAAUUGGAUGACGAUCAAGCAAACCAUUUGUCAUGACAAUUGUCAUGCGUAAAUGCGAAAACAGAAUAGAAACAUACGGUAUGAGGCAUGAUGUCGACGCCAACCUCUCUCAGUUUCUAUUCUGUUUUCGCAUUUUCGCAUGACAAUUGUCAUGACAAAUGGUUUGCUUGAUGACGAUGGACGGUAUGAAAUUGUUUCGAUUUGUUCGAAGAUUUUUUUCUCACACGUUUCAGGUUUUAUUUUAUCCAGAAAACAAAUAGUUUUAGCUUGUUGGUAGAUAACAAUGAAGAUUUUUAUAAGAUUUGCAUACACAAAGUAUUUAAUGUAGAACAACUCCGACCGUAUUAUGUGUAGGUCUGACGAAUUUUUGACAUGCGAUCGGUUCACACCUCCGGAAUCGUGAAAAUCACACACAGGAAUCGAUUACAUUCAGGAUUAUUGGAUAAGAGAGAAUAAAUUGAAAGCAAAAGUAACUUUUUGCGUUUCCUCCGAAAA